AUGAAAAUUCACUGCCGUAGAGUUGUUACAGAGUUGACGUUGAAUCCGCCUGAAGGAAUAAUUGCGGGACCGAUCAGUGAAGACAAUUUUUUUGAAUGGGAAUGCCUCAUAACGGGGCCCGAUGAAACGUGCUUCGAGAACGGCGUCUUCCCAGCGAAAAUCAUCUUUCCCCAGGAUUACCCCUUGUCGCCGCCGAAAAUGCAGUUCACCUGUGACAUCUUUCAUCCGAACAUCUAUCCAGACGGACGCGUCUGCAUCAGCAUACUGCACGCACCCGGUGAUGAUCCGACUGGUUACGAAACGAGUGCCGAACGGUGGUCGCCAGUGCAGUCCAUUGAAAAAAUUCUGCUAUCGGUUGUGUCCAUGCUUGCUGAGCCAAAUGAUGAGAGUGCAGCAAACGUGAACGCAGCGAAAAUGUGGCGUGAAGACCGUGCUCAGUUCGAAUUGAUCGCCGACAAUUUAGUGCGCAAAACAUUAUGCCUGCCGCCGAAUACUUCUUUGUGA